UGCCAUUCAUUCUCCAUUCUGUAUUAUUCUAUCCAGAGGUACAAAGACUUUCUGUUCUGGCAAUACCUUAAGCCAUCUUCCUUCUGCUGGGAGUCGGGACCGGAAAACGGUUAAGGUGGGGGGUUAAGAGUUCUGCCGCCCCCGCGAUAGUAGAACCUUUUACCGCCUUCCUGAUUGCGCGAAAGGGCUGUAGCUUUCGCUGGGACCCUUCUAACUUGCCACCGCUCAACCAACAGACAGACUCGGGGAGUUCUUUGACAGACAAUAACCCCCCAAAUUCUCACUAACAGUCGGGUGUAUUGGCGCUUCUAUUCCAAGACGUGAAAUACCACCUAGCUUUGUUUGGUUCCGUCCAGAGGAGUGAUCAGGAUUCAGGACCGCUGGUUGGGCCUCCCACCCAAGACCGUAUCAACAGCGUUACAGAGCCAAGUGGUUGGGUCCAGAUCGGGCAAUCCAGGCAUCAUGGCUCUCUGCCAGAACAGACUUCAAGAGGAGAGGAAGCAGUGGAGGAAGGACCACCCGUUUGGCUUCUACGCGAGACCGCAACGCACGGCAGCGGGCACCCUCGAUCUGAAGGUUUGGGAAUGCGGAAUUCCCGGAAAGGAGAGGACGAUAUGGGAAGGUGGCCUGUUCAAGCUCACGAUGACAUUUCCCGAUGAAUACCCCACGAAGCCUCCUAAAUGCAAAUUCGUCCCCCCGCUGUUUCACCCGAAUGUCUACCCGUCCGGCACCGUUUGCCUGUCGAUUCUUAACGAAGAGGAGGCCUGGAAGCCUGCAAUCACAGUCAAACAGAUUCUCUUGGGCAUCCAGGAGCUUCUGAACACUCCGAACCCAGAGUCUCCUGCGCAGGCCGAGGCGUAUAGCUUGUUCAAGAAGGACAAGAACGAGUACGAGAAGAGAAUCCGCCGCGUCGUACGAGAUAAUCCGGCAACGUUCUGAGAAGGUACUCGACGCUGCGCUGCGCUACGCUACGCUACUUUACUUUACAUGGCCAUGAAUGGGUGGACUACAUUUCCUCGCCUUCACCCCUCAAGCUGGAUGAAGACGCUGCUCUGGACGGAGUUGGGUAUGAAAUACCACUUUUUUGUUUGCUUUUUUUUUUCGCGGGGAUAAUUGCGUUUUUUUGCCGUUUUCGAGGCCAGUGGAUGAAGGAAGCAUUCCAUUUAAUAGCGCCGAGUGACGAGAUAGCCGGGCUCUGUCGGAGCAUGGAUCUAUGUUCCAUUGCCAAGUCAUUGGGAUGGCACAAACAGAAUCAUCGUCUCUAUGUUAAUGCCAACAGGGCGAUAUUUGCUUGAGCGUCUGCGAUGGGCAUGUAGCCAAGACCAGUAAAUGGAAAUGCAACAGAAUCUCUGGG